UACCCCCUCCCCCAAUUCUCCAUCCCCUUCUCUCCCGGUCUCGGAGGACCCCGUCCUAGGCCGACCUGUCUCGGCCCACAACCUCUGCGAAGCCGUCGGUGCCGCUCCCCGUCCAUGUGGGCCCCCGCGGGCUGCCCACGCCUGUCCCCCAGCUCCCUGUUCCGCUGGAUUUUCCCCUCGCCGGGGGUGGCUUUCUGAGCCGCCCGCUGCUUGUCCCUCUCUGCAGCCUCUCCUGCCACUCGGGGCCCCCGUUCCCCCUCCCGGCGGCGGGGGGCUGCCCCCGGGGGGCUGGCGGAGCUGGGCCGCGGGGGCCCCGGGGCCGGCGGUGCCGGGGUCAUCGGGAUGAUGCGGACGCAGUGUCUGCUGGGGCUGCGCACGUUCGUGGCCUUCGCCGCCAAGCUCUGGAGCUUCUUCAUUUACCUUUUGCGGAGGCAGAUCCGCACGGUAAUCCAGUACCAAACUGUUCGAUACGAUAUUCUUCCUUUAUCUCCUGUGUCCCGGAAUCGGCUAGGCCAGGUGAAGAGGAAGAUACUGGUACUGGAUCUGGAUGAGACACUUAUUCACUCCCACCAUGAUGGGGUUCUGAGGCCCACAGUCCGGCCUGGAACGCCGCCUGACUUCAUCCUAAAGGUGGUAAUAGACAAACAUCCCGUCCGGUUUUUUGUACAUAAGAGGCCUCAUGUGGAUUUCUUCUUAGAAGUGGUGAGCCAGUGGUACGAGCUGGUGGUGUUCACAGCGAGCAUGGAGAUUUAUGGCUCUGCUGUGGCCGACAAACUGGACAAUAGCAGAAGCAUUCUCAAGAGGAGAUAUUACAGACAGCACUGCACUUUGGAGUUGGGCAGCUACAUUAAGGACCUCUCUGUAGUCCACAGUGACCUCUCCAGCAUUGUGAUCCUGGAUAACUCCCCAGGGGCUUAUAGGAGCCAUCCAGACAACGCCAUCCCCAUCAAGUCCUGGUUCAGUGACCCCAGUGACACAGCACUUCUCAAUCUGCUCCCCAUGCUGGAUGCCCUCAGGUUCACCGCUGACGUCCGUUCUGUGCUGAGCCGAAACCUUCACCAACAUAGGCUCUGGUGACAGCUGCUCCCCCUCCACCUGAGUUGGGGUGGGGGGGAGAGGGAGGGUGAGCCCUCGGAUGCUGUCUGAUCCCUGUCUAAUGGUGAGGACUGCCUGGGCAGGGUCUGCCCCUCCCACCCUCUUUGCCCUGGGAGCCACACACUCCACUUGGGAGUCUGGAUGGAUACGUGGGCCAGACUCUGAAGCAGCCUCACUCUAACUUCAUGUUCACACUCCCUGAAAACCCAGACUGGGAUACAGGCGGAGGCCUGGGAAUACUGAAAGUGUCUGUGGUGGAGAGGCCAGACUGGCCAGAUUGAGAGAGAGAGACAUACACAGAGACGCUGAUCCUGGAGGCUGAGAGAGAAGCCAAACCAGCUUUGUUGUGAUUUGAUUUUUUAAAAACUCUUGUACGAAACUAAUCUAAUUCUUCACUUCUGCUCCGAGGGUUGGGCUGUGGGUGGGGAGACUGGCAUUUUGGGCCACUGGAUUUUCCCCAAACUUGUCCCACCCUUUUUUCCCCUCUGUUUUUCUCUCUUCUAGAUUCCCUCAGACCUGUAACCAGCUUUCUCUUUUUUUCUUUCCUCUCUUUCAAACCAUGCAUUAUAACUUUGAAACCAAA